AUGUCCAAACCUACCGACGCCAUAGAAGAUUCCGGCUCGCCCGGUAAGCGGCUUCUUCAGGAUGUCAUCAAUACGCCCUCCACUCGCACGCCUUUACCUUUGGAUAGAAAUAGCGGUACUGAACUGUAUCGACAACACAGUCGCAAGGAAGAGAACAUGCAAAAUCCAAAGAUGAAGAGGGUCGCAUCAAGACCGCAGACCUCCAGCUCAAGACGCUCGGCAAACGGCUACAUGCCCAUAGAAGACUAUGGGCUGAUUGGAAAUAUGAGAACAUGCGCCAUGGUCGCAACAGACGGAGGAAUCGAUUACAUGUGUUGGCCCUACUUCGACUCCCCGUCUGUCUUCUGUCGCAUUCUGGACAAGGAAAAGGGCGGGCACUUCAGCAUAGGGCCCACUGGCGACGAUACAUGUACGACUAAACAGCAGUAUCUACCUGCGAGCAAUAUCCUCCAAACACGCUACCUAAAGGAGGAGGGUGUCAUGAACGUCGUGGACUUCUUCCCUAGACCGAAUGACAAGAACUGGGAUGAAAAGUAUCAUGCGAACGUACUCGCGAGCAACCAUACAGGAAGCGUACCAGAACGUCCCGAUCUGAAGAAGUGGCUAGUCAGGCGGGUAGAAUGUAUGCGGGGCAAAGUUGACGUGUGCGUCGAGGUCUUCCCUGCUUUCAACUACGCGCAGGACAAGCAUACUACCGAGAUUGUCGACAUGGGCAAGACUGGCCAAGGGCAUUGUCUGCAACGUGUCACCUUCAAAUCAAAAGACCUCUCCUUGGAGCUCAACGCAACGAUCGAUUGUGGGGAUGAACCCGACGGCGUUUGCCCAAGAGUGGUUUUCGAGAAGUCACCGGAGCCACAAGACCUGGGCGAUGGUGUCACGGCCGCUUUCACUUUAAACGAAGGUCAGGCCGUAUCCUUCAUACUGCGCGACGCGGAAGACCACAGCCCAGACGUAAUUGAGACUGAACAAGUUCAAGACCUGCAGACCAACACCCAAAUGUACUGGGCCAGGUGGAUAGAGCAGAGCAAGUAUAAAGGCCGAUGGGAAGAGGUGGUUACGCGGAGUCUGCUGAUUCUCAAGAUGCUGACCUUCGAGCCAAGCGGAGCAAUCGUUGCUGCACCGACUUUCUCUCUGCCCGAGGAUUUUGGUGGAUCGCGAAACUGGGACUACCGCUACUCCUGGGUGCGCGAUGCGUCGUUCACCAUCUACACCUUUCUUCGGAUGGGUAUCAGCCAUGAAGCUGAAGCCUACAUAAGCUACAUCUUCCAACGUGUCAAAGAGGCCAAAGCGCGGCAGGGAGCUUUGCCAAUCAUGAUGACCAUCUGGGGCGGCACAGACAUACCAGAGCUCGAACUACCCCACUUGGAGGGAUACAGGGCUAGCCAACCGGUCCGGAUCGGCAAUGGCGCGGCUUUCCAUGUACAGCUUGACAUUUACGGGGAGUUGAUGGAUGGCAUCUACCUCGUUAAUAGGUUCUCGCGUCCCAUCUCAUAUGAUCAGUGGCUCCUUGUCCGAGAGAUCGCGGACUACGUAUGUACUGUCUGGAAAGAGCCAGACAUGUCGAUCUGGGAAGUCCGCGGCAAGAAGCAGAACUUUGUAUACAGCAAGAUGAUGCUGUGGGUAGCCCUGGAUCGGGCAUUGCGCCUGGCAGACAAGAGGAGCUUCCCAUGUCCGCAUCGAGCCGAGUGGUACAGGGUCCGCGAUGAGAUCUACGAGGAAGUCAUGGAGAAGGGCUACAACACCGACUUGGAGUGCUUCAUCCAGAGCUACGAGUCGAAUGAUAUCCUGGAUUCGGCGGUCUUGAUUGCGCCUCUGGUCUUCUUCAUAUCUCCGACUGAUCCGCGCUUCCUCAAGACUCUCGACCGCAUACUCAUGGCUCCUGAGAAGGGCGGGCUGACGAGUACCGGUUUGGUGUACAGGUACAAUCACGCCGUGAGCGACGAUGGCGUGGGUGGGCAAGAAGGCGCUUUUAGCAUGUGCACUUUUUGGCUCGUCGAGGCGUUGACAAGGGCUGGCGCGUACAACGAGAAGUACCUGUUACAGGCGGUAACUAUCUUCGAAAACAUGCUAAGUUUCGGAAAUCAUUUGCACAUCUUCUCGGAGGAGAUUGCGCGUUCGGGGGAGCAGUUGGGCAACACACCACAGGCGUUCAGCCAUCUGGCGGUGAUCUCAGCGGCAUUCAACCUGGACAAGACGUUGACUUUGCGACGCAAGUAG